UCAGGCAUGACGUAUAAUCUAGUGGACGGUUCUUCAGAAACAGCUCGUCAACCACCUCGUUAGCUUGCUAGCCAACAUAGCCGAAAGAUCCAAGCUAUUUAUUCGCUUUCGGUGUAUAUUAGCUACUGUGUUUUAGACACACGUCGGUCGUAUCUACUUGUUAACCUAUGUAAUUUAAUAUUACAUUAUUUUGUAUUAGUCAGCUAUAGUAGCUGGCUGGUUAAGUUAGCACUAGCCUAGUUGCUAAUGCUAGCUAGCUAACAUCCACGAACAUGAGCUCACUAAACUACUCGCCUCCUGUUAAAGAAGAGGGGGUCUGCUGGACGGAGGAAGAAGCUCUGGGGCUGAACAUUGUCAUGAAAGAGGAGGAUGUGACUGUAAAACAAGAAGUAGAGAUUGAGGCUGUUACAGUGAAAGAAGAAGAGAAAGACGUUUCAGUGAAAGAAGAGGAAGACGCGUUCAGAGUGAAAGAGGAGGAUGUUACAGUAAAAGAAGAGGAGAAAGAGGAUGCAUGUUUUGGAGUGAAAGAUGAGGAAGGGGAGAUGACUGUCACAUUGAAAGAUGAAGUCGAAGAGGAGGAGAAAGGAGAUAUGAUUAACACCAGAGAGAGACGGGACUAUCAUGGAUCCUCUGGGGAGCCUCAACAACAACAUGAUGCUGACGAGGCAGAGCAGAGUCUCUCCACAUCAGAACACCUCAAGAAACACCAGCAGAGACCCGCUAGGAAGAAAUCUAUUUGCUGCUCUGACUGUGGGAAAUGUUGCAAAUCUUCAUCAGAUCUUAAAAUACACCAACGAGUACACACAGCAGAGAAACCAUACUGCUGCUCUGACUGCGGGAAAUGUUUCUCAAGAUCAAAUUCACUAAAAGGACACCUGAGAAUUCACACUGGAGAGAAAUCUCACCACUGUUUUGAUUGUGGGAAGAGUUACUUAAGAUUAAAAUCACUGAAAGUACACAUGAGAAUUCACACUGGAGAGAAACCUUACAGCUGUGAUCAAUGUGGGAAGAGUUUUACUCUAUCUAGCUAUCUGAUUAUACACCAGAGAACACAUACAGGAGAGAAACCGUACAGCUGUUCUCAAUGUGGGAAGAGUUUUACUCAGUCAAGCAACCUGUUAUCACACCAGAGAAAACACACAGGGGAGAAAUCGUAUAGCUGUACUCAAUGUGGGAAGAGUUUUACUCAGUCAAGCACCCUGUUAUCACACCAGAGAACACACACAGGAGAUAAACCUUAUUGCUGUGAUCAAUGUGGGAAGAGUUUUACUACAUCUAGCCAUCGGAUUGUACACCAGAGAACACACACAGGAGAGAAACCUUAUAGCUGUACUCAAUGUGGGAAGUGUUUCACUCACUUAUGCAGCCUGUUAUCACAUCAGAGAAAACACACAGGAGAGAAAUCGUAUAGCUGUACUCAAUGUGGGAAGAGUUUUACUCAGUCAAGCAACCUGGUAUCCCACCAGAGAACACACACAGGCGAGAAACCUUAUAGCUGUGAUCAAUGUGGGAAGAGUUUUACUUCAUCUAGCAGUCUUAUUGUACACCAGAGAACACACACAGGAGAGAAACCUUAUAGCUGUGAUCAAUGUGAGAAGAGUUUUGUUACAUCUAGCCGUCUUAUUGUACACCAGAGAACACACACAGGAGAGAAACCUCAUAGCUGUGCUCAAUGUGACAGGAGAUACUCUGAUAAAAGAUCUCUGAUCAAACAUCAGAAAAUACAUACAUGAAGGAGUUGUUUCAUUCUAUCAAUGAAUUAAUGUCACAAUGUAGAAUGCUUUAACAUUGUAGAAGGAGUGUUUUAAUUAUGUCACAAUCUAGAUGCCUAAUCGUUUGCCCCGUGUUCUAUUGAUUUCAGCCUGAUAUGGAUAUUAGACUCAGGGGGAAAAUCCAGGCUCUGAUUUGAAAGAGUACUAUUUAUGUGAUUUAACAAAAAGUGACUGACACAAAAAGAGCUGUGUAACACUUACCAUGUUGGUUACCCACUAGAAUCAAAAUGCAACACUUCAAAAUGUAGUGAUCUGCUUUAUACAAAUUGUCCUCUAACCAGGGAUGUACACAUUACUCCUAGAUUCCGUGUGGUUUUUGAGCUGUUAGUUUUAACAGGACGUGCAACCUUAUCUCCCCACUCUCACGCAAUUGAUUUCAACAUAUCGUUGAGUGAUGAAAAAUAAGUGUUGCGUUCCUUUGUUAAGCGACCCCUACAUUUAAAUGCAUCACUCCAAAAUGUAGCUGACUCUUCUGCAGGUUGUCCUGUAACCAGUGAGGUAAAAGAUAUCUCCCAUUUCCAUGUGUUUUUUUUAGCUGUGUUAGUUUCAACAUCACAUACAACCUACUUUACCCCCUAAUCGAUUUCAGUGAUUUAUUGCUACUUGUCAAAACAACAGCGUUUCUGGUGUUUGUGCUGUUUAUAAGGAGCUUGUUUAAAAAAAUUCAAGUAAUAUGAUUGUUACAGAUUUUUGUAUUAAGUGAAUUAUUGCCAAUACAUAUUAAUGUACAUUUGGUUUUGAUAUUUCAUAUUUACAAUUCAUGUAACAUUUAGUAAUCUUAACUAUCAUAAUUAUUUAUGCAACCAGCUGACCAUUUUUGGGUACAAUUAUAUUGACAUUGUUGCCCUGCUUUUAGAAUAUCAGGGUUCAUUCUCAGAUGUGCCAACCCAAAUGUACUAGAGCAUGACAUUGGGGACUGGGCCCCGAUCCAACAACAUGCCUAUCAAGUGAACCCUGAAAAAGAGAGAGAGAGGCUCCGCAGUGAGGUGGAAAAUUACUAUGGAUAUUGCCGGAGUUUCCUCUUGAAAUCAGACAUGUUCGUUUUAAGGAAAACUUGCCGAUUGUCUCACGGGUGGGCACUCAAAAUGUUUGUGUUUUGCGUUUAGCCAGUGCGUUACCAUGGAUCACAGUUUAUUUUGACUGCACAUUUUUCCGUAUUGAAGAUGAGUGUUGUUUGGUUCUAGAAGCUAGUGAGUUCUAGAAGCUAGUGGGGGAAAACAUUUUUUACGUUUGUUUUAAUUGUUGACAGCCAGUUGACAUCAUGUUCAUAUUGUGGAAGGUGAAGCAUUGUGGUUGAUUAUAAUUUAAAAAUUAGUUUUAGGAUUCUAGAAAGAAAAAGGAGAGAACUAAUAUGAUUGUAUAUUAUUAUUUAGAUUUUUUUUUCUUGUUUUUUAGUUGUUGACAGCCAGUAGACACCAUGUUUAUAUUGGUGAAGGUGAAGCAUUUUAGUUGAUAUUAAUAUGAAAUGGAAGUUGUUUUCUGUUGAUGAGAACUUGUCCAACAAAAAUAUAGGAUAUAUUUGUUGUCUUAAGGGGGAAGGCUUUGGUUUUUCCAUUCAUGUUUUGAGGUUGGACUUUAGCCCGUAUAGCUCAUUAGCACUGUGAGGGAAUUUUCUGUUAAACCUUACUAAUGCUUGUGUAGUAAAAUAUAAUUCUUUAAGCCGAGGCAUUGGGCUUGAGAUUGGUAAAUAACCUAACUCCUAUAACAUAGAAAAGUGUGUUGAUGUAGGCCUGUUCUAACUAAAUCAAAUUGUAUUUAUGUAGCCCUUCUUACAUAGCAAAGUGUUGUACAGAAACCCAGCCUAAAACCCGAAACAGCAAGCAAUACAGGUGUAGAAGCACGGUAGCUAGGAAAAACUCACUAGAAAGGCCAAAAGCUUGGAAGAAACCUAGAGAGGAACCAGGCUAUGAAGGGUGGCCAGUCCUCUUCUGGCUGGGCCGGGUGGAGAUUAUAACAACAUGGCCAAGAUGUUCAAAUGUUCAUAAAUGACCAGCAUGGUCAAAUAAUAAUUACAGUAGUUGUCGAGGGUGCAACAGGUCAGCACCUCAGGAGUAAAUGUCAGUUGGCUUUUCAUAGCCGAUCAUUGAGAGUAUCUCUACCGCUCCUGCUGUCUCUAGAGAGUUGAAAACAGCAGGUUUGGGACAGGUAGCACGUCCGGUGAACAGGUCAGGGUUCCAUAGCCACAGGCAGAACAGUUGAAACUGGAGCAGCAGCACGGCCAGGUGGACUGGGGACAGCAAGGAGUCAUCAUGCCAGGUAGUCCUGAGGCAUGGUCCUAGGGCUCAGGUCCUCCGAGAGAGCGAAAGAAAGAGAAUUAGAGAGAGCAUGCUUAAAUUCACACAGGACACCGGAUAAGACAGGAGAAAUACUCCAGAUAUAACAAACUGACCCUAGCCCCCCGAAACAUAAACUACUGCAGCAUAAAUACUGGAGGCUGAGACAUGAGGGGUCAGGAGACACUGUGGCCCCAUCCGAUUCUAACUGUUCUGGGUGUGUAGAAUGAACCCAUGAUGUUCGGACACUCAGCCAAGAAUAUGGUAGAAACUGACUGGUUCCUCUUGAUCCUCCACAGAGUAAAGGUUAUAUCCUGCACACCAGUAACAUAGCUAUUGUUUUGGAGCCUGUUUUGGGGGAAAUAUUCUGGUGGAGAAAUCAGUAAGUAACAAAGUAACAUAGAUAGUUAAGAUGUAUUACCUGCAGAAUAUGCUGAUAUGAACUAUUGACCUCUUGUUAUUAGAAUGUCUCCUUUCUGACUCUGGUGUUGGCAGCUGCACUUUCCCCCUCAAAUGGGCCUCAGUCACUUUGGGUCCAGAGAGGGGAGAUGUCAGGCUUAUCGAUCACAUGUCCCUGUUGCUAUGCAGAAUAUCAGCAUCGAUCACAUGUCCCUGUUUGCUAGGCAGAAUAUCAGUAUUGAUCACAUGUCCCUGUUGCUAGGCAGAAUAUCAGCAGAGAGUAAGGCAAAGGAGAUCUGAAGGAAAAAUAGUUUCCAUAUGUGAACUGUGUGUUUAUUGCAAACCAUGUGAAGGGAUGGCGUGAGUAAUGGGGAACCAAUCACUUGUCUCCACAAUGUCUGUGCGCCGGUCACCUCCUCCUAGGGGGAGAUUGUAUUUGGGGCCCAAGGUCUGGCACAGGAUGUGUGGGGUUGGUGUUUGGAACCAUUGUACAUCAUCUCUGAAGUUGCACCUAUCCUGAGAUAGUAUAUAAUCCAGAAGCAAGCCUCCUUGUUAUAACAAGUCUUUUAAUAAAAGUAAAACCUUGAUUGAUUAUUAACUUAGCCUCUCAUUAUUGAUUAUGGGUAGAAUUUCCACCACAGCACGUAGGGCGAACCGAUUGGUAUCACCUCUUUAGUCAGAAUGUGUUACACCUGUGCUGGCUUGUCCGUCUUGUUAGAGUUGGGUGUUGCAUCCAAUUGUUAAUAUUGUAAUCAAUGACAUUUCCUUAGGGUGCUCAUUAGUCUUUCAGUUGUUAAUCUUCUGUUUUUUAUCCUCUUAUGUUUGUUGUGUAGUAGAUAUUUCUGUUUAUUUUCAUUGUUUUUUUUAUACAUUUAUUCCUGUGAAGACAUUGUGUUGCAUCCAUGUCUGAAAUGUGCUGUAUAAAUAAAGCUUGAUUUGAUUUGAACAUAUUGCAAAAGAAAUGAACCCAAUGACUGACCAAUCAACAGACUCUUGCUAAACCAAUGAACAAAUAUGUGCAAAAGCAACACAUAUCUUGGUCCAUCUUAGUAUGAAAAACAGUAUAAAUUCCGUAUAUCUUCCACUAUGUCAAAAUAGUGCAUGGUAUGUACGUUUAGUAUCACUUUUCAACCAACCCAGUGCAUUUGUUGAAAAUGAAAAAUGUUGAAAUCAUCAAUAGUCAGAAACAGACUCCAUGAGGGUGGUAAAUGAGGGCCGGACGUCCACAGGUGGGGGUUGUGCUUACAGCCCAACACCGUGCAGGACGUUUGGCAUUUGCCAUAGAACACCAAGAUUGGCAAAUUCGCCACUGGCGCCCUGUGCUCUUCACAGAUGAAAGCAGCUUCACACUGAGCACAUGUGACAGAGUCUGGAGACGCUGUGGAGAACGUUCUGCUGCCUGCAACAUCCUCCAGCAUGACCGGUUUGGCGGUGAGUCAGUCGUGGUGUGGGGUCGCAUUUCUUUGGGGGGCCGCACAGCCCUCCAUGUGCCCGCCAGAGGUAGCCUGACUGCAAUUAGGUACCGAGAUGAGAUCCUCAGACCACUUGUGAGACCAUAUGCUGGUGCGGUUGGCCCUGGGUUCCUCCUAAUGCAAGACAAUACUAGACCUCAUGUGGCUGGAGUGUGUCAGCAGUUCCUGCAAGAGGAAGGCGUUGAUGCUAUGGACAGGCCCGCCCGUUCCCCAGACCUGAAUCCAAUUGAGCACAUCUGGGACAUCAUGUCUCACUCCAUCCACCAAUGCCAUGUUGCACCACAGACUGUCCAGGAGUUGGCAGAUGCUGUAGUCCAGAUCUGGGAGGAGAUCCCUCAGGAGACCAUCCGCCACCUCAUCAGGAGCAUGCCCAGGCGUUGUAGGGAGGUCAUACAGGCACGUGGAGGCCACACACACUACUGAGCCUCAUUUUGACUUGUUUUAAGGACAUUACAUCAAAGUUGGAUCAGCCUGUAGUGUGGUUUUCGACUUUAAUUUUGAGUGUGACUCCAAAUCCAGACCCCCAUGGGUUGAUAAAUUUGAUUUCCAUUGAUAAUUUUUGUGUGAUUUUGUUGUCAGCAUAUUCAACUAUAUAAAUAAAAAAGUAUUUAAUAAGAAUAUUUCAUUCAUUCAGAUCUAGGAUGUGUUAUUUUAGUGUUCCCUUUAUUUUUUUGAGCAGUGUAUUUACGUUGUUUGUCAGCUAGCGGUUUGCUAAGUUAGCUUAGAACUAGACUAUUUUCCACCAUAAUUUGCAAAUACAUUCAUUAAAAAUCCUACAAUGUGAAUUUCUGGAUUUUUUUUUUCUCAUUUUGUCUGUCAUAGUUGAAGUAUAACUAUGGUGAAAAUUACAGGCCUCUCUCAUCUUUUUAAGUGGGAGAACUUGCACAAUUGGUGGCUGACUAAAUACUUUUUUGCCCCACUGUAACUAUAAAACUCUUACUGGAUUUUCUCUGUCCGGAUACUACAAUUUAUAUAAAAUUGACCUUAAGGCCUGAAAAAUCGGGGGGGGGGGUGUCUUCACAGUAUGAGAGGAGUUGCUGUUGGAACAGUAUAGCUUCCGUCCCUCUCCUCGCCCCGAACCAGGGACCCUCUGCACACAUCGACAACAGCCAACCUCGAGGCAUCGUUACCCAAAAGCCGCAGCCCUUGCAGAGCAACAACUUCGAGGUCUCAGAGCGAGUGACAUCACCGAUUGAAAUGCUAACUAGCUAGCCAUUUCACAUCGGUUACUGUUAGAGGAAAAUAUAGUUUAGAUGAUAAAUUGUAUACAUUAAUGAUUAGAACCAUUUAUGCUAAUACUAUUAUGUUAUGAUUUGAAAAGUAUGGGUUCUUAAUUGUACUGUUACUGAAAAUGUAAGCAGAAAUGAAUUGUGUCUGUGUCUCCUGGGAAAGUAAGGAGGAGGGAUAAGAUCGUUUUUCAAACAGAUAAGAAUGUUUUGGUUGGAUUCCAUUAGGAGAGAGAAGUAUAUCCUUUAGACAGGUUGGAGUGUAGAUUUAUGAGGGGAGUGAAACUAUCUCCAGGACUGGAUACUAAGCCAUUGUAAGGCUGGGAGAGGGUGUGAAACUGAUGACGUCAUUUUAUGUUCACUUUCUUUAAAAUGUAAUGUUCUUUGUAUUUUGGGUCAGUACUCUCUGGAAUUAAACGCUCUUUAACCUGG